AUGACUCUAACCAAGAACCUCGCCGAGGCCGAUCGCAGGGACCUAUCCCUCCCCCCCCGCUGUCGCUGCGCAUCCAAAAAGAGUGUAUCCUUCGCUGAAGACGAUCAAUCUACAAGCAAUGGCCCUCCAGCAGCCUUCCCCCUCUCCCUUCCCACACCCACAGCCCCUCCAAAGGGCAAAGACAAGCGUCAGGCACCUACUGAGGAACAGGCCACCCAGAAGAGGGCUGCUGACGCUCAGAGGCAGGCUGCUACUCAGGCGAUUGGUGCUGCUCAGGAAAGGGUUGCUGCUCAAGAGAAGGCUGCUCGAGAAGCUGGGCAAAUUACCGAAUCAUACCCCGAAAGUAGAGUACGAAUCCUUACCGAAUCAUACCCCUAA